CAUCAAAUGAUGAUGGCAUUCCCAUCAAGUAGUUUUAUUAUGACAUGUUUGGUUGUGAUUUUCUUAGUGGCGGGAAGUGAGGCGGCUAAGUCUAAUAACAAGGCGAGGGCUUUCUUUGUAUUUGGAGACUCACUUGUUGAUAGUGGCAACAACAACUAUUUAGUCACAACUGCAAGAGCUGAUUCCCCUCCUUAUGGUAUUGACUACCCAACUGGCAGACCAACUGGCCGUUUCUCCAACGGCCUCAACAUUCCUGACCUUAUUAGUCAACAACUUGGCGCAGAGUCGGUGUUGCCGUACUUAAGUCCAGAGCUAAGGGGAGAGAAGCUUCUAAAUGGUGCCAAUUUUGCUUCCGCUGGAAUUGGCAUCCUUAAUGACACUGGAGCUCAGUUUUUAAAUAUAAUUAGAAUGUAUAGACAAUUGGAUUAUUUUGGAGAAUACCAGCGACGAGUGAGUGCACAAAUUGGGGCAGCACGAACUAAGACACUGGUGAAUCAAGCAUUGGUCUUAAUCACUGUUGGUGGUAACGAUUUUGUAAACAAUUACUACUUGGUACCUUAUUCUGCAAGGUCUCGCCAAUAUUCCCUUCCAGAUUAUGUCAAAUUUCUCAUUAUAGAAUACAGGAAACUCUUGCAGAGACUAUAUGAUCUAGGAGCACGUAGAGUACUUGUGACAGGAACUGGACCAUUAGGUUGUGUGCCAGCAGAACUAGCCAUGCGUGGAACAAAUGGGGGAUGUUCUGCUGAACUUCAACGUGCUGCAUCAUUGUACAACCCUCAGCUAGUACAUAUGAUCCAAGGACUCAACAAAAAAAUUGGCAAAGAUGUUUUCAUUGCUGCAAAUACCGGAGAAAUGCACAAUAAUUUCGUUAAUAACCCCAAAGCUUUUGGGUUUACGACAUCACAAAUUGCGUGUUGUGGGCAAGGACCAUACAAUGGGAUUGGGCUGUGCACAUCACUUUCUAACCUAUGUCCAAAUAGAAACUUGUAUGCUUUUUGGGAUCCAUUCCAUCCAUCUGAAAAGGCCAACAAACUAAUUGUGCAACAAAUUAUGUCUGGUUCUACAAAAUACAUGAACCCCAUGAACCUCAGCACAGUCCUGGCUUUGGAUUCUACUUCUACCACAUGAUCUCCUUUCUUCUCCAUAUAUGACGAUAUUUGUUUGGAAUUGUUUAUUUUUAUUAAUUUGUAAUUGUAUCAAGUUAUUUAAUAUUUAUUGUAUCAUGACUCUAAUAGUCUUUAUGGUUGAAUUCAUCAAUAAACUCUUCACAAGAUAUAUAUAAAGUA